AGCGGAAGCAGGAAUGUUGGAGUGUUUUCAGAAAAGUUUGACAGUUUCGUAGCGGAGACGCGGACAGCGGACGGACAUGACAUGACGAUGUGUUACCUGUUGCUGAUGUUGCUGUAGAGUUGUCAGUCUUCUCUGUCUGACUGACUGACCCCAAACAGACACACAGACAGGCAGAUAUGGAGAGUGGCGCUCUGGGAAUGGAUACCAGCACUGCUCCAGAUCCCAGAGUGCAGUCAGACUGCAACAUCGCCUGUCUGCGGCGUCGGGCCUGGGCCCAGAGCAGAGACUCCAUCUGGCAAGAACCAGAACCAGCGCACUGUGACUCCCAGGGGCCCCAGCAGAACCAGAGGGACGAGGAAGGACAGGGACCCUCAGAGGAAUCAGGCCAAGUUCCUAACAAGAUUACCAGCUGGCUGAUUGAAUGCAGGACUCCCCUUGGAGCUUCUCUGGAUGAUCAGAGUGUUUCUCCCAACAGCAGAGCAGCGCUGAGGAACGGCUGCAGCUUUGAAGAUGACCUUUCACUGGGAGCAGAAGCCAACCACCUUCAGUCCAGUAAAUCUGAAUCCUGUUUUGGUCUUGCGGCAGAUCAGAAAAGGAGUCGGUAUAAAGAACGAGGAAGAAGUAUGAACUCCACAGGAUCAGGGAAGAGCAGCACAGUGUCCAGUGUGUCAGAGUUGCUGGACCUGUACGAGGAAGACCCUGAGGAAAUCCUCUUAAAUCUUGGUUUUGGUCGAGAAGAACCGGAUCUAGCCUCGAGGGUACCCUCCAGGUUCAUCAACAACUCCUCUUCAGCCCGAGGCAUCGACAUCAAGGUCUACCUGGGAGCUCAGCUGCAGCGCAGGGAACUGGAGAACCCCAACUACGCCCUGACUAGUCGUUUCCGACAGAUCGAGGUCUUGACUACGGUUGCGAACGAGUUCUUCCAGCUCUACAGUCAGGUUUCUGGUCAGCCUGUCCAACGCAUCAGCUCCAGAGACCAAGGAGGAGGAGGAGGAGGAGGAGAAGGAGGGGGAGAUGAGCCUUCUCCUAGUCUGAAGAGGAGCAGCUCGGCUCUGAAUGUCGCCAAGCUCCUCAAGAAAACCAUCAGCAAACACAACCUUCACGCGGCCGCCUCUGAGUCACCUGAAGCGCAGGCACCUAACCAACAUCCGCAGCUGAAUGGACACACCCCCUCUGAUCACACAAACACCAACGGUCACGCACACACCGGUGCGGAGCAGGACGUCUGCAGUACUGACCCUGACCACCAAGCGGAGGCAGUCAACCAGAAACACAACCGCAAGAGAGACAGCUGUUCCCUGGCAACGGUUACUGAGGAAACCAAUGGGGAUGGAGAGACAGACGACAGCCCUGAACAGAGCAGCAACAGACCAACUUCCAAUGGAAAGCACCAACCAGAGUCCGCUGGCUUUCAGUCAACCAAUCAGAGAACAAGCGAGGAAACCCAGGUGGUCAAAAAGGAGGAGAAGGAGAUUGUGACCUCAACCCCAGAGAAGGCUCCUCCCACCCUGGCCCCGCUCCAACUGGCCCAGCUUCGCUCCGAAAACACAGACUCUUUCGAUAUGGAGGAGAUUCAGAGUAACGAAGAUGAGGCUCUGCCACACAGGACUUCUAAAGCCAACGACCUGCUGAGGACGGUCAGUCAGCAGUCAGACAGCAGUGGUUUUGCUGAGGAGCCCUCCGCCGACUCCAACAGCUACCUCAAGGUGCAGGAGAGUAGUGACAGCUGUGACAGUGAGACCACUGUGACAUCACACCCUUCACAAGAUGUGGCCACGCCCCUCGCAGUGGACCAACCAGCUUUUGAUCUGCCAGAUGGCACAGAGCAAGAGGUGGCACCUGGUGGUGCUGCUGCUGGGGCUGAUGGGAGGAGUAGUUCCAGGGGAGACAACGAGCAUGAUGGGAGCUCAGAGCACGUUCCACAGUACACAGCCCACCAGCUCCCCUGGAACAGACCAGUGGGAACACAGCAGGAUGAGACCCAGGUCGAACAGCGAGUUGAGAAUGGGGACCGGACUGAUCCAGAACCAGAAUCAGAGAUUACCCAGAGUACGUCUGCUGCAGAGCAAGAACAGCAACCAGAGUUAGAACAUGCCCAGAAUCAGUCUGCUUCAAGUCAAGAACCACAGCACACUCAGAACGAGACCGAAACCGCUGCAGACACAGAACCACCAACACAGGGAGCGGAUGCUGAGGGUGGGGCCCAAGAACAGCAUGAAUUCUCAGAUGAUUCUGGUUCACUUUGCUCCCCUGUACCAUCCUCUCCAGUUCUCAGUGCUCUGAACCGAGCCAAACAGAACCAGCUGAACCGGCCAGGGAGAGGACGAGGACGAGGAAGAGGACGAGGAGGUAUCCCCCUGCAAAGGUCCUCCUCCCUGCCAACCUCGCUCCUCUUUCCCUCCAGGGUCGUGUCCUCUGUCAGGAUCCAGUUUGGACGAGGCCAGGCUUCCUGCACCCAGCCCAGGUACUCCUUCAAAUACACCCAGGACGAGGGAGGGGACAAAGAAGAGGAGGAGGAGGAGGAAGGACAAACCACCUGUCUGUCUACUCUGAUCAUAAACCCUGCCUCCUUGUCUGACUCUAACAACAAACCAAGGCUUCCCACAGAAGCUCCCAUCCAACCUAAACCCAUUCCACGAUACCUGAUGCGGUCAUCGUAUUCCCUGCAAAGCUCUAGCCCUCCUCCUGAUUGGCCACCAGGAGACCAUUCCCACUCCUGGAGCACCCAGAGCGUUCCUGAUCUCUCCUCCAAUCAGCAGCAGCCGGGCCAGUUCCAACAGAACAUGAGCGCCAACCAAAACCAGCAAAGCUGGAAUCCAGGGCAGAAGAUGUUCCCUUAUCCUAAUCCUAAUCCUAACCACACAGCUCAGUAUUUAAACCCAAGCCCCAGUCCUAGUCCCAGUCAUAACCCCAGCCCGUACCCUUUCACUCUGAAUCCUCCGCCGCAGUAUCCCUCCCCUCUCCAUCCAUAUGCCAGUCUUCCCAACCUUCAUCACCACCACAAUCCCUCCCUGAUUCACCAUUCUAGUGUAACCAGUCUCCACCCACCUACAACUCCCUCAGCCUCACAGCACGGCAGCCUCUUCAACUUACAUCAGUCCUCAACUUCCGCUGCUCCUCACUAUGUCAGUCUGGGAAACCUGCAUCCGGGAUCUCCAGUAAUGCACCACCAGGGCUACAAUCAUCUAUAUGGUCAUCAGUCACCUUACUAUGCCACUCCCCACGGCUCGCAGUUUGCCUCACCCUACCUCGGUUUCCAUGGGUACAACAUGAACAUAGCAUCCCCCUACCCGUUCACCCAGUGUCAGCCGUUGGCUCAAGAGCACAGUCUCCACCAGGGGCUCGCUCCUGCUGCUCCAGGCUUCCCAGGCCUGUCCUCAACCCUCAGCCCAGGUCACAGCCUCCACCUGGGGCAAACUCCUCCUGCCAUGUCCAGCACUGAGAUGCAGCUGAGGAAAGUUCUGCAUGACAUCAGGGGAACGGUUCAGAGUCUGAGCCAGAACCAAGCUGACACUCCAGAAGCAUUCAGUGAGCACAUAGCAGCUCUACCAAGCCACCAGUCUUUGGCAGAGUUUCAGCAGAAGAGGCGAAGCUUAAACUUGUUCCGCAGUAAGAUGAUGGACCUGGAGCUGUCAAUCAUCCGACAGCAGGCUCUGGUCUACAAACACCUGAGCCCUGCUGACAGGAUGGAGGUGGAACAACUUCAGGCUCUUAGAUCAGCAGUCAGAGAGGAGCUGCAGGAGCUGGAACAACAGCUGGAAGACAGACUUAUUGGGCUGACACAUCACACACAAUACAGGGGUCUCCAUAGGGACAGCAGUGUUGACAGUCUGUCCACCGCCUCUCUGCUGAGAGCCAUGGAGCCGGUGUCAGACCUCCUCAGAGAGCAGCUCAUCCUCCAAUCAGAGAUCAGUUACAGCGGUCACGCGCCCUCCACCAACCCCUCCUCCCGAUCCUCCAGUCCAGUCCGAGGAGAAGGUGGUGAUCCUGAGCAGAGACAAGGCGUGUACCGUGCAUCGAUUAACAUAACCCCCGCCCCCCCUCCUCGCCCCAACACACACACAGAGGAAGAGGGGGAGGAGGAGGAAAGAGAGGGGGGCAGAGAGGGAGGGAGGGGAGGAGGAGGAGGAGGAGAAAUACCAGAGGAGGAGGGAGCAACAGGAGGAAUCAGAGUGGAGAACCUGCAGCAGCUCAUCAGAGAGAUUCGAGAGAGUGUGGCGCAGGAGGUCCGACGGGAGAUCUACAGCGAGCUGCUGGCUACCAUGUCGCCACGGCGAUCGCCGCUGCCCAGAACGCAGCAACACCUGUAGCCAUGGGAACAGCAGAGCACCGCCCUUUUCACCUUCAUCCUUCGUAACCGCAGCCUGAGCAGCAACACUGUCUGUCUGCAACACUGUAUAGCUGAGUAACACUGUAUGUCUGUAACACUGAUGAUGAAAUGAACACGGCACCUACACGUGAUGACCCUCGGCCUCCACACCUGUGGGCCGUCCUGCUGUUAACCAGGGCGGAGCCUCAGACAGGAUGCAGAGCGUGAUGAGGACGUUGUCUGGUUGGUUCUAUUGUGCUGGUGUGAUGCAUGCUGGGAACACCAGUGUGGAACAGCCUGUCCCUGUGAACUGUCAGUGAUGUGUUGUCUUCUCCUCACAUCUCCUGUUUCCUUUUCCUAACAAAGCUAGGCCUAAAACUACUACCACUAAUACUUGUUCUACAUGUAGUAUGGCUAACAGUACUUUACCAGUACCACCACUACUGGUGAUCAGAGCAGGACAGUAGCAGAGGUCAUGUUCUGAUCAUAAUAGUAAUAAUAAAUAUUCAGUUUUAACUUAAAACAAACUGUGGAUAAAAAUGUUUAGGACACUGUUGUGAAAAAAUCAUAAAUUGAUGAGGAUUAAAUGUAGAAUAGAAGAAUCAGUAGAAACUGUUGAGAAAUUAAACCUAAGUGAGGGAAAAAAAAACAUUUCCUCUGUGAGAUUUCUGCCUACAAUACAACAAAUGUGAGCUGGAUAUAGUUUGUGCUGCUCACAGCAAUGAAACUUCAAAAAAAAAUUCAAUACGGAAACUUUGUCUCUGUUCUUCUUGCUGUGAACAGCUGUCAUAGUGUUUCUUUAGUCGAUGGACGUGAAGUGAAAACAGUCACUACAGGGACACGGUUCUUGAGAUGUUGCUGUAAUUUGCAAAAGGUUAGAACCCUUAAGAUUUCUGUCCUGGUUGAUUUGGCAGUGUUUAAACUGAUCCACUAUUGCCAAAAUGUCAAAAAUAGCAACCGUCUUCUUUUGUAGACGCAUUUUUGAUGAGCAGUGGCAGUCAACGCUAACCUACUUGACAAUUACAUCACGCGUCCUGUGACUGCUUCUCAAUAGAAGCCACCUUGCCAGGUGAAUGCUUUCAAUGUGAAACAGCAGCAUUAGGAAAUACUGAGUUAGCAUUAGCAGCAACUUAAUCAAGCUCUGGUACACUGUAAGAGAGUGAACGGUAAACAGUGAGUCCUGUGCAGGAAUGGCAGACUCGGCCAUUAACAAGACAGUAAAUACAUCACAGCUGAAUUCUUUCACCUUCCACGAUACUGGGAUGGAGGCAGAAAUCUCAGAGAUCUACAUCUCCAAACAUUGACAAAUACAACCAAACUGUCUGCAUGGAAAGACGGCACUAGAGAGAAGUGUAUUUUGGCUGAAUUGAGCCUUUAACAUCAGAGCAACACACGGGCAACCAGCUUCCCCUAAAAAUACUGUAAACGCCUUAAUGUUUUAAUCUAUGCUCUCGUGCCUUUUAUGAAGUGGUUGCACUUCUUAAUCAUCAAUAAGAGUCGAGUCUGCUGAGGGUCAAAAUGAGCUUUUACUGCCUAACGUUACUCAUUCCAUGCACAUUUCACAUGCAUCUUAAUGUAAAACGAUCAAAGAGGGCUUUAAGGGCUUUUGAUACAACUAAGGGAUUCUAAUCCUACAGCUGUCAACACACCUUCAUCAUCAUCAUCAUCAUCAUCAUCAUCAUCAUCAUCAUCGUCAUCAUCAUUGUCAUUGUGCUUGUAUUCCUCCAGCCUCAUUCACAGUUGAAUCUCUCAAUUUCUGCAUUCUCUGGGGUGAUGCUGCCCCCUGCUGGUCAGUUCACCAGACCGCAGCAUCAUGGAUGACAGGCACGUCUCCAUGCAAAUAUAUUUAGGUCACAAUUAACCUUUUCCUCGCUUUAAAACAACGUUGAAUUAAAUUUUAUAGCUAAAAGCCCUGGUCCAGCAGAGGUUCAUUCACACACAAGCUUUUAGGUGUCUUAGCUGAUGAACAAAGGAUGGUUUAUUUCUCAAAGAAUUAGAGCUCUGGAAGCUACAGCAAAUAUAUCAGAAACCCUGGGUGAGCUGUGCUGUAAGCAGGCCUAUAGGUCAGGGCUUUGAGAAGCUGCAUGCUACCCUCCAGUAAUUGUUGGUCAACAAGUAGCUCCAAAGCUAAUGGCUGAAACCAAAAUGCCUAUUUCCAGACCUGCUCAAUAAACGAGACAAGACAUUUAAAUCUGACAGCUUUGGAGUUGUAAGGUGGGAUGUUUUCCAUCUUGAUUGAGCUAGGCUAGCAGUUUCCCCUUGGUGCCAUUCUUUGUGCUAAGCUAGGCUAAAAACAUCCUGAAUGAAAGGACUUCACAAAACAUGGGACUGUGCCUUUGACCCUCACAGGUUUUGCUUUGUGUGUGUGUGUGCUGGUUGCUACUGAGCAGGUGAUGAGUUUAGCGUGUGAUGUCAUGAGGUUCUGUGGAGAUCAGGCUUAGAGGUCAGGUUACUCUGCAGCUGCAGGUUUCGGUAAGUUGCCACGGUGACAGCGAUGAUGAUGAUAACGAUGUGAUGACGGGUCAGAGGGAGGAGCUUAGCCAUUAUGGGUGAGAGGGCAGUGUAGCACAAAGCCUUAGCUGUGUUAGCAUGUUACCUGCAUUAACAUGUUAGCUUCACAAUGUCUGAUGACAACUCUGUGUGCAAUAAUAUGAACAUACAUAGUGAUGACUUAGAUUAUUGUCAAUAAAUCAGUAAAUCACUGCUAACAUUUCAGAUGUGAUCAGUCAUCCUGCACCACAAACUGACUAAUGCAAAUGAAUCUGCAGCCAGCAAGUUUUAUUUAGAGAAACUCUGAUUUUCCUCAUCUUGACACAUAAUCUGAUCUGAACUGAUUGAUCAAUCACUGAACAAUUAAUUACUUAUUAACAAUUACUGAGCUUCUGUUAGUUGUUUGUUUAGCAUUAGCCUGUGUGUAGUGUCUGUGUUGUGCCCCUCACAGGUUUCCAGAUAUACCGCCAAUUAUUGAUGACAAAAAAUCCUAAACAUGGGAGCAGCUGAGGUGUAACAAGCACUCGGCACCCACCAUAGCUGAGUAUGAUUGGGCGAUAGGCCUGUCAAUGAACACAAACACACUCCUAAAUGCCUCUUUGUAGUCUUUAAUCCAUCUUCAUGGAACAAUGAUUCUGAACAUCUUCUCACAGACUCACAUUACAAUUGAAAUGAUCUGCUGAAAGUUGAACUUUUGGGAAAAAAUGCGUUGACUUUGUGUUUGCAGAUGUUUGCUCUUGAUCUUUGGGAAAAACAUAUGGUGAAGAGAUUCUCUGCUCAGAGGUCCACUUAUUAAUGAUUUGGCACUUUCAGCCAGUCUUUAUUCAGCUAGUGUAGCUGGCCCAGGUGUCAUUAUGUGGCCUAAAUGUGAACGUUAAAUUAUGUGAAUGUUCUAAAUGAUCUCUCAUUAUUAACUGGACAUUUGGCCUUUGAUUCUCUUCACCAUUUAUUGACUUUGUGUGUUUAGAAAACCUUUUUUUUUUUUUUCAUGUUCACUGAUCACAAACCAAGUGUUGGACCAAUGCUUCUUGUGUGCUCUGAUGCUCUACAUGCCUUUUUUAAUUGAUCAAGAAUCCAUCCUUCUCACACUUCUAAUUACACAUCAUUGUCUGACUAUUGGUGUCUAUUAAUUUCUAUUGAUGUCUGUUAAUGAUGAUAUGUAUUUUUUAUUGAUGUCUUGUCAGCGGGAUGCAGGGGAGGGGUCACUAUAGAGAUAAGAAUAAUAAAGAUGUAUUUAUUUUCAG